GUGACGAGCCAUGUAAACAGAAUCUUCUUUUUGACAGAUGAAUAACCCGUGAAGUGGUCCGAAGAAAUACAAAAUAAUCUAAAAUAAAAUGUACAUUUAAAGAAACAUUCCCCAGGGGCAUGAGAUAAACGUUUGUGUUAAGAUAACAACGCGCGUGUCAUCAACUGUGUCGGAGCCAGAUUAUACAGGAUAAACAGUCCUGGAAUGUUCACAGACAUGGACUAUGAGUUGGAGGAGGACAAACUGUAAGGGGAUCCCUACAGUCCCUGGGACUUUAUCCCUAAAGAAGGAUGCUCAGAACCUGAUAGGGAUCAGCAUCGGGGGAGGGGCGCAGUACUGUCCCUGUCUUUACAUUGUACAGGUCUUUGACAACACCCCUGCUGCUCUGGAGGGGACUCUGGCGGCUGGCGACGAGAUCACAGGAGUGAACGGCAAACCUGUGAAGGGCAAGACAAAGGUGGAGGUGGCAAAGAUGAUUCAGGCUGUCCAGGGAGAAGCAACGAUCCACUACAACAAGCUGCAGGCUGACCCCAAACAGGGGAAGUCACUAGACAUAGUGCUGAAGAAGGUGAAGCACCGCCUGGUGGAGAACAUGAGCUCUGGUACAGCCGACGCUCUGGGGCUCAGCAGAGCCAUACUCUGCAAUGAUGGGCUGGUGAAGAGACUGGAGGAGUUGGAGAAAACAGCAGAGCUGUACAAAGGCCUGAUGGAGCACACGAAAAGACUGCUCAGAGCCUUCUUUGAACUCUCUCAGACACACAGAGCGUUUGGGGAUGUGUUCUCUGUGAUCGGGGUACGGGAGCCUCAGGCUGCAGCCAGUGAGGCCUUUGUGAAGUUUGCUGAGGCCCAUCGCAACAUGGAGAAGUACGGUAUCCAGCUGCUAAAGACCAUCAAGCCAAUGCUCCAUGACCUGAACACCUACCUUCAUAAGGCAAUACCAGACACCAAGCUCACCAUCCGCAAAUACCUGGACGUCAAAUUUGAGUACUUGUCUUACUGUCUGAAAGUGAAGGAGAUGGACGAUGAAGAGUACAGCUGCAUUGCGAUGGGAGAGCCUAUGUAUCGCGUCGGCACCGGGAACUACGAGUACCGGCUUGUGCUGCGGUGUCGACAGGAGGCCCGUGCUCGGUUCGCCAAGAUGAGAAAGGAUGUGCUGGAGAAGAUUGAGCUACUGGACCAGAAACAUGUCCAGGACAUUGUGUUCCAGCUGCAGCGUUUUGUGUCAGGCAUGUCGCGCUACUACGACGAGUGCUACGCCGUGCUGAAGGAGGCUGACGUCUUCCCCAUCGAGGUGGACCUCUCCCGCACAAUGAUCAACUACGGCAGCCAGUCACGCUCCUUCACCGAAGAAGAGGAAGAGGAGGAGGAGGGAGGAGGAAGUGAAGAACAGGAUGGGGGUGCUGGCAAGCAGGCUGAGAACGGUGCUGAAAAACUGAUUGAUGAUUAUUGAGAGUUUAUAUGAUUGUUUUCUGUAGCAAAAUUCCACCUAUGUCUAUCAACUGCCACUCACUUUGCAUUUAUUUAGCAAUGAUUAGUUAAAUAUGUGGAAAUGGUCAGCAAAGUCUUCACACUGGAAAAUACUACUGUGAAUUGCUGCUAUUCAACUGUACUGGAACUAACUAUUGCAACCUACUGUAACCAAUACCAUUUCCACAACAUUUCCACAAUUUCCACAACAGCCAUCACUGUAACCAACUUUGUGGGGCUUGAAUCGAUUUCUCAACGGCUGGCCACAGACCAAAAUAGGACUCAUUUUCCAUUGACACAAGCCCUGAUGUUACAAGUUUAACAGUUCCACUCAAUAUUUUGAAUUCUAUCUGCACUAAACCACAUGACAUUUGAAUGGGGUAGCUGAACAUAGUAGUGAGGUACAAAUCACUUGUAAAGGAUGAGUGUGUAAUGGCAAGGUUUGGCCCAAACAGCAUUUUAAACUGUAUGAAGGAACCUCGGUCAAAUUAAAUUUUAUAAUUCCACAGUGUGUUUUUUUGUUACUUGUCUUUUUCUUUCAAUGUUAAGGAUUUCUCUGUCUCGCUGCUGCACCCGAUGCUAGAUUCUCAGCCCCACUACAGUUUAAUAAUCAUAAAACAAGUGCAGUAGAGGGCUGUGUUCUUUCAAAUUGGAAUGUAUUUAAUCAAAGGGACCUUUGUCUUAUGUUUUGAUUUGUCAACUACUGAAACUGUAUUGAUUUUGUGCUGAAGCUUUAAUCUGGUUACAUUGCUACUCUCGCUCAGUUCCACAAACAAAGUGAACCUUGAACAUUAUACCAAUUUGAUGUGUAAAUUGUGUUUUUAUUUUGCUCUAUGCUUCAUGUAUUAUUCAAAUACAGUAUGUAUCCAUUGUGAAAACCAUGGGCUCAAAAGGGAUUUACAAUAUAAGUAACAUUGCUGGAGCUUCCAGAAUGUCUUAUUUUAUUUAGAUAUUGAAUAUUUUUAUUUCCUAUGUGUGUUUUAAUCUUGUGUUGAGCUCUUCUGUGUUUGUCUUUAUGUUACAUGUUGUGUAGGUAAAAGAAGGAUUCAUUAAUUAUUCAGAUUUAAUUAAAGUUGUUUCUGCAAAAAAAGA